AAGAAUCUUGCUAGUUUUUUUGAUAUUUCCCUAGGACAAUUAUAAGAUGUCUCGAGCAAUUACGCUUGCUACACUCUCAUUAAUUCCAUCAUGGAUAUUACUGCUGCUUACUUGCUUAUCAGUUCCAAUUACAAGAUUUAUAUCUCUUGGAUCUUUGAAUGGUCUUCAUUUUGGUGUUUUUGGUUACUGUUUUGUUAAAGGCAAAUGUAAUGUAGCCCGAUUGGGGUAUCGUAUAGACACUGCGAUAUUGUCAAAAUCUAAACAUACAUCUGAUUUUUAUUUUUCAUUUUAUAAGGUUCAGGGACUUACGUAUAUUUUUAUUGUACAUAUCGUUGCAGCUUUAUUGACAUUUUGUGCAUUUGUUUUUACAUUAAUUGCUCAUCUAGAUGGACCUAGCAAAAGUGGCUUUUUUUUGGUUAUUAUUCUUAUAAUUACUUUUUUUACAGUUUUUUUAUCUAUAGUUUCUUUUAUUGUUGAUGUUUUGUUUUUUAUUCCUCACAUUGAAUGGGGUACUUGGUGUAUACUUGGUGCAUCAAUUUUAAAUAUUAUUGUUUUUGGUCUUAUUCAUCUUUCCCGUAAAUAUCUUAUUGCUUGCAGAUCAGAAAAAGUGAAGACAGCUCUUUCAUAUCAUUCUCAAAGAAGGCAUCCUAACCUUAGUUAUUCAUAUACUAACAACCUUCCCUAUCCUAAGCAUACAGCAUAUCAAACUAAAAAGGAUGGGAUAAAUAGAACUGAAAAAGAGAAAUCUGGGCUAGAUUCUAUGAAAUAUUCUAAAAAUGAUAAUAGUGAUAUAAAACAUGCGUCUAAAUUGAAAAAAUUAGAGCUCCCUCCUAUUAAUACUCAUCUUGACGACCAUAACAUGCUUUCUAAGAGCUUUUUAGAUUCUACGUAUUGUAAUUCAAACGCUUAUGAUUCAACUAUUCCAAAUCAGAAUGUUAAUAUAACUUAUAAUGAAGCAUAUAAAGAUGAUAAUGGAGUGCAUGAAUCUUAUUUAAAACGAAAAGAAUCUGUUCACGAAAGAAUGGGCUAUCCUGAGAACUACUCGAAGGAUUAUAUAAGACAUCAUCUAAGAGAACAUCCGAGGAAUCAUUCGAGAUACCAGUCAGCAGAUAUUCCAAGGGAUCCUCAAAAAAAUCAUCCAAGAGAGCCUUUAAAGGAUGUUUCAAAAGAUUACCAGAGAAGCCAUGCAAGAUAUCAUUCAUCAUAUGUUUCUAGACAUCAUUCAAGAGAACAAUCAGCGGAUGCUCCAGGAGAAUAUUUAAGAGCUCCUCCAAAAGAAUAUACGAGAAAUCCAAGAGAUUUUUCAAGAGAUUUUCCAAGAGAUUUUCCAAAAGAACAAUUAAGAAAUCAUUCAAGAGGACAAAUUGCAAUGCAACCAUAUUUUAGACAAGGCUCAGAUAAUAGAAAUAUGCAAUAUCCUGCAUAUAAACCUCCUGUUGGUCUUGGGAUUGAUUAUAGAAGAAAUCCAAAACGACCAAAUGAUUUAGUUGAAAAAGAAAAACCUAACAAUAAUUAUAAUAAUUCGUAUGGAGAUCAUGCACCUCCUAAACAGAUAUGGAAAGAUUAUCCAUUACCACAAAAUGGUCGUGCUUUUCCACAAGAUUCUAAUGAUGGAGUACAUAAUUUUUCAAGUUGUAAACAAUAUGUUUCUGAUAAACCAUAUGAGAACAGUUUUGCCGAACAUGGUCCUGUUUCUCGAAAUUAUGCUUAUAAUUCUCAUCCUUAUUCAGAAAACGCUGAACAUCGUUUUCCUAAUAACACGGACUGUUCAUCACAUACAACAGAUCAAUAUAGUCGUAUGCAUCAUCCUUAUCAUAGUAGCAAUUGCACUCAAACACAAGAAUCUCUUUCUCCCCGGUUUAAGUCGCCUGCAUCGACUAGCUCAGAAUUUACUAGUAUAAGCCAAAGAGGAAUAAAUCCAAAAUGGGUUCCACCUAGUAAGGAACAAAUACCUAAACCAGGAAAGUUUAAACAUAAUAAUUUAGAUGCAACCCUAGUUAAUAAUUUGAAUUAUGACCCUGUUAAAAAUCCAUAUAAAGAGAUGGGCGUUGUUGGAAGUGCUGGUACUUGAAAAAUGUCCCCAAGUCAUAAUUUAGAUAUUGAAAAACUGUAAAA